UAAUAUUGUAUAUUAAUUUGUGUUUUUAAGUUUUGUUUCGUGGAGACAUAUAAUAUACGGAUUAUUAUAAAGUGUAUUAAGUUUAAUGAAACAAUGGCGGAAAAGGGAAGCAGGAAAGAUAAAAACCAAAAUAUUCAAGUGUUCCUCAGAUUAAGACCUCUUAAUCAGCGAGAGAAGGAUAUCAGAUCAAUAGGCGUCGUGGAAGUGGUGAAUGGUCGAGAGGUGGUGAUCCGACAGUCUAAUCAAAAUUCUCACACAAAGAAGUUCACUUUUGAUCGUGCAUUUCCACCACAUACUAAACAGGUGGAUGUAUACCAAGAGGUUGUAAGCCCUUUGAUUGAAGAGGUUUUAGCUGGAUAUAACUGCACAGUGUUUGCAUAUGGACAGACUGGAACAGGCAAGACCCACACUAUGGUGGGAGAGCCGGCAUCUUGUGAAACUUCUUGGCAAACUGACCCAGAGGCUGGCAUUAUCCCUCGAGCCCUAAGCCAAUUAUUUGAUGAGCUCCGCCUUACUAACACAGAGUAUACUGUUAGAGUUUCUUAUUUAGAGCUUUAUAAUGAAGAACUCUUUGAUCUGCUUUCUACCUCAGAAGACAAUUCCAAGCUGAGGAUCUAUGAGGAUGUCACUCGAAAGGGAUCCAAUAUUGUUAAUGGGUUGGAGGAGAUAACUGUAUAUAACAAAAAUGAAGUAUAUAAAAUUAUGGCUCAAGGACAGGAAAGGAAGAGAGUUGCUUCCACUUUGAUGAAUUCUCAAUCUAGCCGUUCCCACACAGUAUUUACAAUUGUAGUGCACAUGAAAGAGAAUAGUCCGGAAGGUGAAGAAUUAGUGAAAAUUGGGAAACUUAAUCUUGUCGACUUAGCUGGUUCGGAGAAUAUUAGUAAGGCUGGCUCAGACAACCCGGCUAAGCGCGAGCGGGCUCGAGAAUGUGUUAAUAUAAACCAGUCUUUAUUGACCCUUGGCCGCGUGAUCACUGCCUUGGUAGAGAGACAUCCACAUAUACCAUACAGAGAAUCAAAACUAACGCGUAUUCUCCAAGAAUCCCUUGGCGGUCGGACCAAAACAUCAAUCAUAGCUACUAUAUCGCCUGGACAUAAGGACCUAGAGGAAACUAUGAGUACCUUGGAAUAUGCCAACCGCGCUAAAAACAUACAGAACAAGCCAGAAAUAAACCAGAAGAUGACUAAAAAGGCAAUACUUAAAGAGUAUUCAGAGGAGAUAGAUAGAUUGAAACGGGACUUGCAGGCUGCAAGGGAUAAGAAUGGUGUGUACCUUGCAAACGAGACAUAUGCGGAAUUGACAUUCAAACAAGAAGAACAACGGAAGGAAAUCCAGGAACUGAUUCUGAAGAAGAGAGCAAUCGAAGAAGAGAGAGAGAGAGCUGAAAAGAUGUUUAAUGAUCUAAAUGGACAACUCUUCGCAGAGAGACAACAAAAAGAAGCAACUUACAAUCAACUCUGUGAGACGCAGAAUAAACUCGAUGAUACAAAUAAUAUGCUCGAAAAAACACGUCAGCAUUUCGAAGAGCAGCGCCACGUUGUGGAGAAGCAACAAGACACUGAGCGUAAUUUAAGUGCGCAAGCGCAGGAACUGUUGCAAGUUGCCGACGUUGCUACCAAUGAUGCUAAUUGCCUUCAUGAUAGUGUUGAUAAACGGAGAUAUGUGGAGACAACCAACCUAGAGGUUACCCGAACCUUCCGCGAGAUGUCAGCACAACAUUUGAGCAAUAUCGCUUGUCGCACGCAGCAACAUCAGGCGGAUAUCAACUCGGCACUUUUGGAAAUACACAAUGUUGCAAACACAUACACCAAUAACAAUUGUCAAACAUUGAUGGAAAAUCAAAACCAAAUUGAGCAAUUAAUCAAAUCUGAAAAUGAUACUACUGACAAGCUUAAUUCCCUCUCCAGCGAGCUCUUCGCCACUUUAACCGAUAUGACGACUUCAGGCAAAGAACGCAUGACGUCAUCGCUGACGUCACAGCGCGAGAACGUACAUACAACGUUUUCAGAGUUCUCUCGCUGUUUGUCUGUAUGUCUUCAACGGGCGACAGAUAUGGAUAUGUGCGCAGAUCUCGUAACGUUUCUGCAGUAUUGGCACGGCGAUACGACCAAUCGUAUGUCAUCUCUAAACGCAAGCGCAGGUCGCUGGGCACAGAACUGCCGCGACACGACGGAACGACACGCCAAUGUCGCGCGACAAAUGGCUGACUUUUUGCGACACAGACACAACGCGUUCUCCCAGAGAGUGCACGACAAACUUGCUCAAAUAAAAGAAGAUAAAGAUGAAACAGAAAGACGGAUAGCGAAACGGCUGUCUGACAUAGAAAAAGAAAAGAGAGAUCUUGAAGCUCAACUUGCUGCUUGGGCGGAGAAAGAAAGAAGAGAGUUAGAACAACGUAUAGAGAGCUAUGUGACGUCACGGAGGAAGGUCCUCGAUCAGACACACGCGGAGAGGAUAACUGAAAUUGAUGAGGAACAGAAGUGGUUUGCAAAUAAAGUCGACACCUAUGUACAAUGGCUAAACGAUACAAAGGCAGAAAAUGAGAAAGAGAUGGAGCAAGUUCUAAACUCAAUACAGGAAAGUGAGAAGGAGAUAGAGAAUCACCGAGAUAACGUGGAGCGAAUGUUUACAGAAUGUGGGAGAGGUAAUGAGUCUGUAGUGAUGGCUUGCGAUGAUUUGAACGUGAACGCGCUAAAACAGGUGGAACAACUUAAGGACAACUUUGUCAGCUCUAUAGAGGACACGCAGGCUUAUGUCAAUGAGGAAACGACAAAGGCAUUACGAAUUAGCGACGAGAAAACGACGGAAGCGACGUUAGAUUUAACGAAUGUGUUAGAUGCGCAUACGCAGUGUUGUCAACAGUCUGUCAGCGCACUUACACAAGAGAUGCAAAACCUGACAACAAACACAACAACAACGCUAUCAACACUAGCGGCCAACAACAACAAUAUGUUGUCAACAACACAACAACAACAGAACCGUCAAGACGAAGCACUUAUGACGAUACAACAGACAACACAACAUUAUACAGAAUGUGUCACUCAACACGUGUCGGGACUGCAACAACUCGAAAAUAGAUGUCUGCAGGAACAAUAUGCUGUUUAUUCACCAACUGGCAACACCCCGGCCCGUAAAGAGUACAAGUACCCACGUGACUUAGCAGCGACUUCGCCCCACGAGAGAAUCAUUGCGAGGUACCGCGCUGCGAGACUUGAGGUCUUAGAUGACACGGAUACCGUCACACUGAGUGAUUCGGAGUCAACGGAAUCCGAAGACUCGACCUUGGCGAUACAAGCGCCAUCUCCACCCAUCGUUCAGCCGCCUCCUAUUGUUAAGUGCACGUCUGAGAGCGAUAUUUUUGCUAAUCGAAAAAAAACACAAGAAAAGGAAAACAUGAACCGAUCUAUGACGUUUAAGAAACCUUCGAAACUACCCUCACUCUCUGUAAAGAAAACCACACCGCUCAUUAAUAAGAACUAAUUGUUAAUUCAAUUGUAUUUAACUUUAUAAACGGUGUUAUUAUAUAACCGGCUGAAUCGAUUUCAGUAAAACUUUAUAGGAGUGUAAACUGUAGUUAUAAUUAAUAUUAUGUAGAGACGUUAAUACUUUUCAGAUUUUUUCCUGUAUGACAUCAAAUUGAUUACUCCUUGUAUAGAUACAAAUUGUAUGGGAAAUGUUACGUUUGAGCUGUCAAAUCCCAGUAUCGUAUUGACGCUUUAGAAUACUUGACAAAACUUUUGUAAUGUUCGUGCUACGGAAAAAGAGUUAAAAAAAAAUUAACAAAUUAUAUCUGAAUAUCGUUCGAAUUAUUUUAAUAUUUAAUUUCAUGUUUAUCAAUAGUUUAACCAUUUUAAGAAUAAACUUACCAAAACCA